CUUUUUUCUUUUUUUCUUCUUUAGAUAUUUGAAACAUCGUCGUCAUUUUUAACUCAAUUAUUAAUUAUAAAAAUGUCAGAUAUAGUAAAAAAUUUAACAAAUUCUUUAUCUCUUAAUCAACCUAAUUCCUCAACUUUAAAACGAAGACUUUCAGCUCUUAAAAUGCUAACUAAAGCUAAAGAUACGACAAAGUCCUUGGUUCAAGAAGUACUUGAAAAACGUCAUAGUCUAGACUCUAAACAUCCUGUGAGUUCAACUAAAGAUCAAGUAUCCUCAUCCUCAAAUAAUUCAUCUUCUCAGACUUUGCCUUCGCCUGUAAAUAAAAAUCAACAACAUGCCAAAUAUCAAAAGCACCAAAGUUUACCGAUUAAAAAAGUCUUUACUUUUAAGAAGAAGAAUCAAAGUUUAGAGUUUUUAUCAUCUUCACCUUCAACUUCUUCUUCUUCCCUUAUUCAUACCACGUCCAGUACUGAGCCUUCUUCACCAAUAGCAUUUGCAACAACAACAACAACAGGUCCUGAGCAUUCUAUUGUUAUACACAACACAAUAGCAGAUGGUGAUAAAACUAAUCUAAUUUUUUCGGAUGUUAAUAGGCCCGGUGGUUUUGCCACGGCAUGUGAUUUCCGAUCGGCUAAUGAAAAGAAAAAUGGUGAAUUUCAUUCACUUUUCAAAAGCGUACCAGAAAAAGAUUUACUAAUAGAAGAUUAUAAAUGCGCAUUACAAAAAGAUAUACUUUUACAAGGACAUCUUUUCGUUUCUGAACAUCAUAUCUGCUUUAAAUCAAAUAUCUUUGGCUUCAUUACAAAUCUUGUUAUCGACUUUUCUGAAUUGGUUCGUGUUGAAAAAAAAUCAAUAGCAAAAAUCAUUCCAAAUGGUAUUCUUAUUGCUACAAACACAUCUACUUAUGUAUUUGCUUCCUUUUUUUCGCGUGAUUCUGCUUAUGAUCAAAUUAUGAAAAUAUGGGACCUUAAUAAGAAAGUCUCUUCUGUUACACCUUUUAAAUCAAACGUAUUAGAAGCUGAAGAAAUGACAGAUGAUGAUGAUGAUAAUUCUAGUAUAUCUUCUACUCAAUCACUUACUAAUAUGAAUAUACCUUCAUCUUCAAUUACUUAUAAAGACCCUACUAUUCAACAAUCAAUACCAAAUACCGCUAAACUAUUUCCACCAAUAAAUAAUAAUGAUUCCAAAGAUCAGUUAGUAGUGAAUACUAGUCAUAAUUUAGAAACAACUAAAUCUACUGCUUUAGCGACUGAGUCAGUAAUGGAUAAUACAGAAAAACAACAUAGUAGACCUAGAGCUGUUUCAGAUUCAUACGCAAAAAUUAAAGAAAAACGAAAUGAUAAUUCAUUGAGUACAACAUAUCCUUUCAUUCACAACUCCACCAGUUUAAAGCGUGAUUAUGAUCAAGAGCAUUCAACUGGUAUAAAAAGGACAAAAGCAUGUCCAUGUAGUAUUCACAAUAAACACUACUUUCAUGUUGCCCUCAACGAAACAUAUUCUGGCACAGUCGAUGCCAUGUUCAGACUCUUAUUUGAUAGCGAUUUCUUUAAAAAUUUUCUUGAGCGCUACGAAAAUUUUGAAAGUAAUAAUGAUAAUGAUGAUAAUAAUAAAAAAAAAAUUAUGAAUGUUAUAUUAACAUUUAUAUGUGUGUUUUAGAUAUACAGUUAGGUAAAUGGAAGCAUGGCCAUAGAGAAGUAAUGGGCAAAUGUAAAACUAAAAGUAUUACAAUGGGUAAAUACAUGCAUACAUAAACAUAUUA